AACUGUGAUGAUAUAAUCGAUUUUUUUGUUUAAAUUGCAGGAUGCAUUGUGCAUUUAAGGCAACUUGAUAUAGCUUUGUUGUGACUUCUUAGAUGUGGUUUCUGGCAUUUCACCACAAUUCACAAUCUGAAUCCAAAAGCACUUCCCUUGUCCACAGAACUGACGCUCGCUUUCUCCUGAAUCUCAACACCAUGCCCUCUCAUCAGUGAGGGACUGCAGAAGUUUUUGGCUGUGGGUCAUCCAGUCUUCACCGGAUCUAGCCACCAAGGCAUCCUUCGGUGAGGCGGUGUCGCUAGUGCGCACGCGGCCGCGUCCGGCCUUCGGUCGUCGCCAUGGACGUGCCGCCUGACCGCCAGGUAGCCGACUACUUCAUCCACUGCGGGCUGCCCGAGCAGCUGUGCGAGCUGGACGCGCCGCUCGAGGACUUUCCGCUCAAACCGUCCCACAACUAUGCGCCGAUCACGGACGUGGCCGUCAUCUUUCCGUCCGAGGAGCCGGUGCCGUCCGGCUACCGGUGCAUCGAGAAGACGCCCACAGGUCUGUCGGCCGACCUGAACCACGGCAGCAUCCGCAGUCCCGAGGUGCUGCUCUGCUACAAACGCGGCUGGGACAAGCCACCGCUCGUCGACAUCGGCGUGCUGUACGAUGGCAAGGAGUACGUGAUGCCCGACUCGCAGGUGGUCGAGUUCACUCCCACCGGCCGGAUAGCCAACGUGAACAACAGCACUGCGCGCACGUACAUCACGUACAGACGUGCGUCCGACUCCUCGCCCUGCAACGAGCUGGUCGUCACAGACAUUUGCGUCAUCGUGCUCACUAAGGAUGAGGUACCGCCGCACACCUACUGUAUCAUACCGAAGACCCUCAACAAGGGCAUGGUCGGAUCCGACGUCUACAUCUGCUACAAAAAGUCGAUGCGACAACCGACGAGGGUCGUCUACAAGCCAGGUCUGCUGGGCCGGUUCCCGCUGGAGGACCGUCCCUACUUCCCGCUGCCCGAGUCAGUGCCCAUGUUCUGCCUGCCCAUGGGCGCCACAGUCGAGUGCUGGCCCUCGCAGGCCGCCACGCCCAAACCCGUCUUCUCGACGUUCGUUUUUACCGUGGCAGACGGCGCGGAAAAGGUGUACGGCAGCUCCAUAACGUUCUACGAGCGUUACCCGGACUCUCGUCUGACGGAGCAGCAGCGCCUCCAGCUGGGCAUCGACACCCACCACCCCUCAGAGAUCUCCGUCAACGCCAACAAGUCGAUCGGCGUGCUCUCCCACUGGCCCUUCUUCGACACGUUCGAGAAGUUCCUGCAGUUUCUGCACCAGACGGCCAUCUCGGGCAGACCCACGUCCGUUCCGCUCGAGAGGUACAUCAGCCACAUCCUGCUGGAGGUACCGUUCCCCUCCGUGGCUCGGCCGUACGUGCACGUGCAGCUGGACGGCGGGGCACCGAUCGUGGUCGCCCAGCCGUACUUCUCGCCACUGCCCCAGAGCGGCGCCAGCUUCUGUAAGCUGCUGAAGAACCUGGGCCCGGACAACAGUCUGCUGGUGCUGCUGUUCACGCUGACGGAGCAGAAGCUGCUGCUGCACAGCCUGCGGCCGGACGUACUCACCAGGGUGGCCGAGGCCGUCUCCAUGAUGAUCUUCCCGUGCCUGUGGCAGUGUCCGUACAUCCCGCUGUGUCCGCUGGGCCUGGCCGACAUCCUGUCUGCGCCCGUACCGUUCCUGGUCGGUCUCGACAGUCGGUAUUUCGACAUGUACGACCCGCCGCCAGAGGUCACCUGCGUUGACCUCGACACCAACACCAUCUUCGUGGCCGAGGAGAAGCGUCACCUGGUCACCAAGCUGCUGCCGAAGAAGGCCUGCAAGCAGCUGCGCCACUCGCUGGAGGCCGUGUUCGACAGACUGUACUCCAUGUCCAGGAAAAGGGUGAAGGGAGGCAGUCCAGAGAUGGACCUCCGGGUUCAGAGGAUGGAACACCAGCUGGAGAUCGAAAUCCAGGAGGCCUUCCUCAGGUUCAUGGCUACGAUUCUGCGCGGGUACCAGGCGUACCUGAAGCCGAUCAAGUCGAAGCCCACCACCGGCACCACCGACCCCAGCUCGCUGUUCAACCUAGACGGUUUCCUCAAGUCUCGGGACAAGGCGUACCAGCCGUUCUACCAGAUGCUGACGACGACGCAGUCGUUCAUCAGGUUCAUCGAGGAGCGCAGCUUUGUCUCCGACAAGGACGCCUACCACGUCUUCUUCGACGAGUGUCUCGCCAAGGACCUGGACUCUCCGGACUGCCGUCUGCUGGAGUCGGAGACCCCUCAGAGCGAGAGGACAGUGUUUGUGCCACCCCCGGAACAGAUGGAGGGCAGGCAGUUUGUCUACCACGAGUUUGGAGAGCUGCACCGGGAGCUGUUCCUGGCGCGCGCCACCUCGCUGCAGGCGCUGCCGCGUCCGCUGCCGGCCGUCGGCUCGGCCGCCCAGCUGGCCGGCCUGGCGGCCUCGGGCGCGGCGGCGCCCUCCCCGCUGGUGCGCCGCACCAAACACGAGGUCAUGUCGGCCCGCAAACAGGCGCUCAAACAGGCCGAGACGCCGGCCCUGUGGGCCCGCUACCUGGUCGGAACGUGCUUCAGCCUAUGGUUCGUCCACCUGCCCAGCUACGUGGAGGUGUGUGACAAUAGCAAGGCAGCCAUGGACGAGGCCUUCCAGAUCAUGGUGGUCAUGCAGAAAAUACUCAACCAAAGCGUCGACGAGGUGUGCUACCGUGUGAUGAUGCAGCUGUGCGGUCAGCACCAGCUGCCCGUGCUGGCUGUCAAGGUGCUCUACAAGAUGAAGCAGCUGGGCAUCCACCCGAACGCGCUCACCUACGGCUACUACAACAAGGCGGUGCUGGAGUCGGAGUGGCCCACCGACACCAUCGCCAUGGGACGCCUGCUCUGGAGCAAACUCAGGAACGUGGUACUGGCGGCGGCCGAGUUCCGGGCCGGUCCGCGCCGCUCCGACAGAAAGGGCUCCUCGUCCCAGCUGGGCAGCGGCGACCCGGCCGCCUCCAGCCAGUCGCUCGGACACACCAUGCUAGAGGCGGACCGGGCGUCGUGCUCCUCGCUGGGCAGCAGUCGCUCGGCACAGUCCUCCCGGCCAGACGGACGAGCCGCGCGUCCCUCAGUGGCGCGCGCGCUCAACUUUGGCCGGCUGGACUUCUCCGAGUCGGACCGGUUCCGGUCGAGGGUGGGCAGCAUCGUCAAGACGUCCGGCUCGCGGAUACCCGGCUCGCCGCAAGUGACCAACUAUGACAGCUCUGCCGGCGUUCUGAUGGUCUCCUGUCCGGAGGACGCGCCCUCUGCCGGCCCGCUGAGCGGCGGCAGCAGCGCGGGCGGCUCGGCGGCACCGGCCUCCGCCCGCCACCCCCUGGACUCGCCACACCAGGAGGAGCUGCGGGCCAGACACCUGAGCUGCAGCGAGACGCCCGAGCACCAGCAGAUCUCACUGCUACGGUCGACCAGUUUCGCGGGCGAUGACCAGAUUCUGGCCUGUCUCCGUGAGAUGGGCCACGACAGUCUGGACUCCGCCGUCGCCGCUGCUGCCGCCGGCGUCCCGGCCGGUGCUGGGGACCCCGGCGCGGCGCCCGGCCCCGGCCCCGGCGGGGGUGUGUCGGCAGCCUCCACCCCUCCCCCGGCCGCUCCGCCGGCCGUCCGCUCGCGCUCGGCCAGUCAGGACAUUAGCCUGGAGGAGCGCAUCAACGAAUACUACAGCGGCGAGGGCGACCGGCGGCGCAGCGACAGCCGGGAGCGCAGCGCCGACACGCGCAGUGUGGACAGCCUGGAGCUGCCCACCGACCCGCUGGGGGUGUGCGGUCUGCAGGCGCGCACCCCGGUCACAGAGAACGACCCGCUGGGGGCGCUGGGCCUGUCAGAGAGCCCGACCCGUACGCCGCCAGCGGCUGGCCGCCUGUCCGCCUCGCUCUCACAGGCGUCCAGCUACCAGAGCAGAAAGGCCAGUCUCUUCAAGGCGGAGCCGUUCUCGGACGGGUUCGACCGGCCCGGCGACCAGGUCGAGAAGAACGGCAAACUGCCCAGUCCGGGCUCCGGUUCGGCGCUGGCCGGCUUCCGACUCCCGUUCAGCGCCAGUAGUAAGCUAGGCCUGGCCUCCAACCUGGCCUCGUACAACCUGCGCCGGGCAGAGCGGCGGUUCCGCCGGAGCAUCGACACCAUCACACCCGAGCUGGACGGGCUCAUGAAGACCUACAGCCCUGCCAGUCUGAAGAACCACGAGCUGGUCAAGUCGGGGGUCAGCUCCAUCCGCUCAGCAGCAACCUCGAUGUACAAGAAGCUGGACGAGCUGAAGGAGGUCAUGUCUAGCCAGAGUCCGGCGCUCACCAAAACCAUGAGCCUGACCAGUAUCGGCGAGGAUGACGUGCUGGACGACAUGCGUCACGCCGGCUCGGCAGAGGUGAUCCCCGGCUUCUCCGAGGCCUGGUGCGACGGCCUCUUUAACGACACUCACUCCAGCUCCGAGCUGGCGGUGCCGGCGCCGCUGCCGCCCGCGCUGCCCGCGCCGCUCGCCCCAGUGGCCGUGGAGCUAGCGCUCACCUCCUGCAGUCGCUGCUACAAGUGCCAGGCCACCGUCUACGACGAGGAAAUCAUGGCCGGCUGGUCGGCAGAGGAGAGCAACCUCAACACAAAGUGCCCGUUCUGCCGUAAGCCGUUCGUGCCGCUGCUCACAGUGCACGUGCGUGACUUCCGGAACGUGAGCCGCGAACAGCGCGCCGCCGAGCAGCUCCAGCAGACUGAGGGCACCGCGGGCGUGCUGCUGGACCCGAUCACGCUGCCCUACCUGAGUCCGCUGGUGCUCCGUAAAGAGGUGGAGAAUGUGAUGGACCACGACGGCCAGGGCUGUCUGUCGGCGGCCACCUUCGUCGACGAGCACCCAAUCAUCUACUGGAACCUGGUGUGGUACAUGCAGCGGAUUAGUGUGCCUUCCCACCUGCCGGGCCUGUGUCUCCACUGCCGGCUGCUGGAAGAGCGGGGCGCUCCUGCCGACGGCUGGGAGCAGGCCUCCUGGAGACACGUCCAGGUCCGCUGUCUCUGGGACAACCCCAAACUGCACGACGAGAUUGUGCAGCCGAUGUACGUCCAGUGGAAGGAGUCGCCGCUGCGAUCAUCGCUCGUCGACGCCCUCGUCACCGACGAUCUGGCCUUCUCCAAAAACACUGUCCAGUCAGUACUCUCCUGCGUCCAGUGCACCACGCUGGACGCGGCGCUAUGCACGCUGAGCUCCAACAUCGGCGCGCGCCGGAUGCGGGACAAGCACUUCUCCACCUACCGGGACAUCAUGUUCCUGGCGUUCGCCGCCAUGGGCAGGGAGAACAUCGACCUCAUGUUGUACGACCGCGAGUACCGGCGCGCCUACGAGGAGCUUCCCGAGGAGGACCGGCAACAGCUGAACGAGGCCGACCGGCCGCCGUCGAACGCGGCACUCCUCUGCCGCCGCUUCUUCCGAGAGCUCGAGACCUGAGACGACGUGAGUUCUGAGGUAGCUGGGAGACGUGAGUUCUGAGACAGCUGGGAGACGUGGGACGUGAGUUCUGAGACAGCUGGGAGACGUGAGACGACGUGAGUUCUGAGACAGCUGGGAGACGGUAGCUGAGAGCCACCGGCGGUUGGACGCGGAUGGAGCCGUGUCGCGUCAACCGGGGAGUACGGGACAAAAACCGUAAGUUGAAGUGUUCAUAUAUGUCUUUGUGAUUAGGAAGGGAUGUUGAAAGGUUAGACCGUUGGAGCGUAGUUGAGUGAGCGGCUUUCGGACCGGCGCGGCCGGUGAGAGCUCCAGCCACUCUGACAUCCAGGCCGGUGUCCUCCCGCCCCUGUCAGCUGCCCAGCCCCGCCGCAGCUGCUGGGUCAGCCGCUGAGCUGCCGCCGUUAUUUCUCGUCCACCCCUCGCACGACCCGCGGUGACGCUGACGAUUACUAGCAGCUAUCUCACGUCCCUCCCCUCCCGGGGCUAUGUUGACUGGCUCGGGGUCUGCGAUGGCCUGACGUGAGAGCUUUCACCGACGCUGGUCGCGGUGGAUGCGGCAGCCGUGUAUCGUCUCAUGGCGUGUGUUCUAACGUCGAUUCGUCACGUUCUCAGCUCCCAGCGGUCGUAAUUCUGGCCGCGUGGCGCAGUUGUUUUGGACGUUGAGAAUACUAAUGUCUGGUGUGAGUGGAUGGUCUAGCUCUGACAGGUUACCUAGGCGUUAUUCCCGUUAUACGUGAUCAGCCGCCCGUGGUGUGCCCGUGAGCCCAGCUGUCAGUUGUUCCUGUGUUCGCUGACCCGCCGCUCACGGCUGCGUUUUCUAGCUAUUUAGUCGCGAGUUUCUGCGGCGUCCCUGACUGUGUUAUUGUGGUGUGUUCCCGGCGGCUGCCGUGUGUGUUCCGUUAUUGCUGUGUGCUCCGUGUGAGUGUGGGUAGGCGCGUCUGCCACAGAGUCCGGUUUUAGUGCGGGCUGAGGCGACAUGGCAGUUAGGAGCUUAUCAUAUCACCUGGCGCCGUCAGUUGCUAGAUUGAACAGAGGUUUAUCGGCCUUUUGCAGCUCUGAUAGCCCGGCGACGGGCGGGUUUAUCGACCGUUCACAGCUCUGAUAGCCCGGCGACGGGUGGGCUCAGAGUUGGUCGUUCGCAGUUCUGACGGUCGGGUUCAGAGUAGACCGUUCGCAGUUCUGACGGUCGGGUUCAGAGUAGGUCGUUCGCAGCUCUGACGGGCGGGUUUCAGAGCUAACCGUGCGCAGCUCCGCGGUCAGCCGCCGGCAGCCUAUAUUCCAUGUUGUCACGAUGCUAGUCCUCUGGGUGAUAUGGCCGCUGCUAGCUGUGUUUUCGAUAGUUUCUCACCGUACGAACGAGGCGGGACGUUUUGGUUUUCUUCGCGCAUGUUUUGAUAUUAGGGACUUUGUGUUGCGCCGAGCCGUCCGGUGGCUGAGGACGACCGUGUCGACUCGGGGGCGGCGACUGUGUGGUCUUCCAUGUCUAUUCUGUACGAAACCCUGCCGUGUACCGCUCCGGGCUUGGUUUGUUGCUGCUACCGCUGAGCCGUAGCGCUGCUACCGUAACACAGCUGCUACCCUCCCCCGAAUCACUAAUUAGGGCCGACUGGUGCGCCUCCGUCCGCCGUCAGAAACAGAGUGUGUUCGUGGGUGUUCUGCGCGCGAGCUCCGCGCCGUGUUGUCACGUGCUGUAGACAGAUCUAGCUCGACUCUAUGGUGGCCGUUACGGGCGCAGUUGUCGCGUCUGCCGGUAGGUGGCAGCGCUGUCGUGUGCUCCGUCGGGCGCCGGUAGAUGGCAGUAGCGGCGCGUUGUGCCCGCGCGGUAGCGGUGGUUGGUAGCGGGCUGCAUUUCGGGAGAUUUAUAUUGACUGUAUCCGUGUCCAUAUUUGUACUGAAAGCCAUCGAGUUUCGGGAGAGGCCUGUGUGCGGAGUGUGUUUGUGUGUUCACGUGUACGAGUAUCAUGCCAGCCAGCACUAUACAUACCUAUAUAAACGUAGCUUGACUCGUGCUGCUACUGCACUGAACUGAAAAUACAACCAGAACAUUAUUGGAA